AUGUACAUCACGGACUUAUUGUUCAGUUCACCUCGUCUCCGUUUUUCUGAUGCUCAGAAACGGGCAGUGAUCACAUGGGCGAAGGCACUUGGCGCUCCCAAUGUCCCCACCCUUUAUGGCUUGAAGAAAUGCCAUGAUCGCAUUUGUAACCAAGUCGGAAACCCGACUGAGAAGGUGAACACCAAUUCUGGCAAUAUUUUCUAUCUCAAUUCAAUCGCAAAAGCGAUCGCAAAGGACUACGCCAAUCCUCUCACACGCAUGUGUAUGCAGGAUUAUCCCGAAGAUGGUCAAGGCAGUAUGUCCCAGGCUCAUCAUGGCGAGAAGAUGCUCAACCUUCCAGACGGCCUUGCUGUGCCGUCGGUUCGAGUUUGCAAGAAAAUAUACUUCACUGGCGAGCUUCUUCAACAAUCGUCGCAGAGUUACUUCAUCCCCAAACGAUUUUUUCAAGCUUAUCUCCCUGAUGGAGAUGCUGCGCAUCCGGAGCCGGUGAUACUUGCCAUAGGCAAUCCAGUGGCAUUGACUGCGGCCGGUUUCAUUGUUGAUCCCGAACAAAUUAUUGUUGAGGUAUCAACAUUUGCUCGCACCUUUGAAGAAAUUGAAGAGCGUGAAUUUGAAUGCGGCUUUACGGAGUCCUCCCGAUCGUAUGCACAGCACAUGCCCAAUCCUCUUCGCAAGAAGUCAGGAGGGCGUCUUGUUCUGUCGGUGCCACUCAUCAUCUUCAUUGAUGAUGUAUCCGGAAAUGUCUCGAAACAAUGGAACAAACAUCACGUUGUUUAUAUGUCAAAUGCUGCGAUGCCACGUCAGAUGCUUGAAAAGGAGUUUUGCGUCAGGUUUGUGUCUUCGUCACCCCAUGCAUCACCUCUCGAACUCGCAAAGGGUGUCAAGGAUUCAAUAAUUACCGCUGCUGAACAGGGCGUUAUAGCAUGGGAUUGCAAGUAUGAAGAAGAAAUCAUGCUUGUUCCUUAUGGCCUCUUCAAGGCUGGCGAUAACCCGAUGCAGGCAGAAGAGUGCAGUCACGGUGGUCUCAAGUGCAACCUGUUUUGUAGAACCUGCUAUGUCGGUGGGACGAUGGUCGAAAAAUCAACAGACGAAGGAUACUUGAAAAUCUUCGAGUCAGGGAGGCUGCGUGAGCCUGAUGACACUCACAAACAUAUUUAUGAUCAAAUCGUGCUAUCGAAGCUCUCCAGAGGGACUGAAAAGGUGAAGAAUGCAGUCACAUCUUCAGGGAUACGUGAUGCGGCCUCUGCGUCAAUUGUCAAUCAUCUCUUAGUACUCGGCAAAUCUUUGCGCAAAUGGGAAGCCAGAAAACCUGCCCUCAAAGAAGAUGAAGUUCGUGCAACACUGGAAAAGGAAUUCGAAGACCUCCUUUGUGGUCGACCGCUCGAGGAGUUCAUCAACCCCCUGUUGGGAAUGCCCGGAGUUAACAUUCACAGAGAUACACCGACAGAAAUAUUGCAUACUGUUCUUCUUGGCAUCGUCAAAUACUUCUGGGGCCAGACCGUCUUCAUCCUCGAGAAGGCUCAUCUACUCGACACCUUUCGGACUCGCCUCGAGUCCAUCUCCACAAAUGGUCUACAUGCACCAACUCUCGGCGCGGAGUACAUUUGUCACUACAAGGGAAGCUUAAUUGGCAAGCACUUCAAGUCUCUUGCACAGGUAAUGCCAUAUAUUAUCUACGAUCUUGUCCCGAAAACAGUGCUUAACGGCUGGACGGUUAUCGGCGAGGUGGUGGUGUUAUUAUGGCACACGAAAAUUGAUGAUUUGGAAACUUAUUUGGCACAGCUCUCAUGCGCCAUUGAAGACUUUCUGACAAUCAGUGCACAAUGCGCCCCAAGUAUUCUCAUUAGCAAGGCAAAAUUCCACUUUCUCCUACAUAUCCCAAUGUACAUUCGUCGAUUUGGACCUGCGAUUCUCUUUUCCACAGAACACUUUGAAUCCUUUAACCACGUCUUUCGUCUCACAUGCAUUCACAGCAAUCGUCAAGCUCCGAGUCGUGACACUUGCAAUAUGUUUGCUUCGCACGACAUCGUCAAGCAUGUUGUAACUGGCGGUUUCUGGUUUGAUGCUGUGCAGAAGAAAUGGGUUCGCGCUGGUGAUGCUGUGCGGCAGUAUAUUGCUGAUCAUCCAGAACAGCGCCAUUUAUUGGGGCUGAACACCGCAAAUGCAAAAGCUGCAGGUUUCAGACUAGGCAACGCGCGACCUCACAACAUUAUAGAUACAGUUUGGAGCAUUUGUUUGCUCCUCGCAGUAUUGUUGUUUCUACACCGCUUCGUAAUUGCUGAUUCGAUUGUUGCAACAAAUGGAGACACUGUCGCUGUGGGCGGGCAUGUCAUCCUGUCGGAUGAGGCAGAAACUCUACGCAUCGGGAAGAUCAUUGAGAUCCUGGCUCCCGACAGCAAUCACAUGUAUGCAAGUCAUGUUGCGAUCCAGUCUCUUCAGUUUUUACCCACAGUCGACCCAACUCUUCGGGUUCCUCGCAUGCAAACUAUUACCAACCAAGAAGUUAAGUCGCCAGAGCAAAUCCUUUGCGCCGUUAAUAUUCAACAUGACUGUGCUUCGUCACAAUGUGUCGAAACACGAUCCAUACGUGCUCGCCAGGAACGAGAACAGACAACUCGAACAAAACAGAUCAUCAAGCACAAGGAAACAAACAUGUUCCUAUUAAAUGUC